AUGGAUUCUUUAACAGUCCAUAAAGUUAAACCGGUGGAUAAUGAUCCAGCCACUACAUCUAAUUCAACAAACAUCACUAUGGCUCUCAACGUAUCCCUAACAUGUUCACUUCAAUUUCCUCAGAAACUAAUAAUUCAACAAUUAAUGCAACAACCUCCUCCAAUGCGACAACCACUCAUUCAACGACUACCGAUGCAACAAGCUAUUGGAAUACCAGUAAUAAAUACUGGGAUAGUUAAUCCCUCGCAGUCUAUUGCAGCAACAGGAGAUAUUGAUAAUAUGAGUAGACUAUAA